GUCGGGAGCUCGCUGCGUGGUCUGGAGAAAAUUUUCCUCGCAAAUGGAGUCUGACUCGCUCGUAGGUCUCCCUGGAAGGUCCUCCACCUCCCAAAACCUUGUGAGAAGUUUCUCGAGUCGGACGUCAGAGCUGACCGAGAUCUUCGUGGUGAAGGAAGAGAUGAUUCGAGACGAGUCAGCUGCGACAGGACCGGAUAGGACCCAUCCGAAGAUAGUCUCUUGGCCCAAGAGCGAGCCACAAAUGUUGGACCGGAAGCCGCUUAAAAGGAUGGAUGGAAGGAUAUCAGCGCCUAUGAGCACGUCUAUCUGCGCGCUGCGAUGAAAGGAGGGAUCCGCUAAAUGGAGUUUAGGAAGGUCUGUCAUGUAGUUCUGCGGUACAGGGUAUGACGGGAGGUUACCCGCCAAUUGCGGAAGAACGUACGCCGUGGUCUCAACCUGGAGGCCGGGCCUUAAGGCGGAGCCGAUCGUGAAGUGGCAGAGUUUCUGGGCCUUGGCCGCUACCGUUUGACUCAAACCAGAGACUUGAGCCUGGACGGCUUGGAAGGGGGGCCGAAUGAUUUUGAACAUCCGCUCAGUAAUAAAGGUGGCCUCAGAUCCGGAGUCGAUCAGGGCUCUAGCCUUGUAUCUUGUGCCGGCAUGACAAAUGUCCACUAUUGCUGUGCCCAGUAGCACCUGGUGUACAUUUGUAGCGCAAUAGCUCUGGACAUGGGCUGAGUCGUUGGACGAAGGAAGAGAAGAGGAAGUGGACUGUAUGGUGGCAGGGGCUUGUGUGGUGUGAGGACUGGGAGCACAGUUGGAGCCACUCGGAGUCUGCUCGCCCCGAUGAAGGAGGGUGUGGUGUCGUCCACUGCACGUACUGCAGUUGUACGCGCUGGUGCAGUCCCGGAGUUGGUGUCCUCGCGCGAAGCAGUUUAAGCAGAGUUGUUUCUGCUGAAUGUAGCUUGACCGUUCCUGUACGGUCAGGCGAAGAAAUUCUGGGCAUGAUCGCACAGGAUGAUAGCUCCUGGAACAGAGGUCGCAAGUGCGCGCCUUGUUGGAGAUUCUCCCCUCAAAGGAGUUCACUCGUCGAUGUGCAGGAGUGGGAAGGCUUGGACGGGAAUUGUAGUGCGGCUCGAUGCCUGGAUGACCGUCCUCGGUCGCCUCGAGAGAGAGGUAUCUCUCCUCUAAGAACUUGUUCAUGGCGCGCCAAGUCGGAACCUCGAAUUUAUUCGGAACCGAUUGUUCCCAAAGCUCCACGGUCGCCUUUGGUAACUUCGCGGUAAUGAGGUACACCAGCACGCCAUCUGCAAAGCAGCUGUCGGUGGACACCUCGGAGUGCUGAAGGGUCGUGAGGCAUUUGUGGACAGACCUCUGGAGCUCCUUUAAGGCGGCUCCAGAUUCAGAUCGGAUGGAAGGCAAGCUGAAAAGGAUCUUCAACUGGGCCUUGAGUAUCAGCCGUUUAUUUUGGAAACGCUCACGAAGGUGGUUCCAGGCAGAUUCAAACCCAUCAUUCGUAAGCGGGGCCUGUGCAACUAUGUCGUGGGCUUCACCGCUCGUUUUCUGGUUGAGGUGGUAUAAUUUCUCCACCGGAGUCAACCUGGCGUUGUUUAUGUAGAUGGCGGUGAAUAGGUCUCGGAACGUGGGCCACUGCUGGUAGUCUCCACUGAAAACCUCCGUGUCGCAUGGGGGAAGGCGGCAAUCGUUGGACAUUUGCACCUGGACGGCUGGUUGCGCGGUCGGAAUGACAGUUGGGGGCUGGAGAUGGUCGUUGAGUUCAGCUAAACUUUGCUCGUACACCGCGUAACAUUCAUCGUAUAUGUCUUGGACCUCAACUUGACCAUCUGGAUCCUCUGUUGCUAGAAGUGCAGAACAGGCUCGAUACUCCGAUUCGACCUCCAACCACAUGCCUCGGAUCUGUUCCCGGCGGACUUGAGAAAGAGAGAUGGUUGGGGUGCGGGCAUCAGGAGCAUUAAGUUUCUGGUCAAAGUGAGUGAGCCGGCCUGUAGCCAAAACAAACCUAGACCGUGCAGAGCUGGCGGCAGAUUGGGCCAUUGUUCCUGGAACCGUGCACGUGGAUGGUGAGGGACACAAGAGGGUGUCGAAUAUGGAGGGGCAGACCUUGGAAGUGGUCGGACCUUGCGGGCGUGAGGGCGAACGCGACGAAGUGGGUGUAGUAACUGCUGCGGAAGAGCUGGGCGGCUUGGCGUCACUCUGCGAGCUUACACGCUUUAGUUUUUUGCUGACUUUCUUUCCACCAGAAGGCAUACUAAGCUGAUGGAUCUGCUAUGGGAAGAGUUCGCAAUUCCUGUGGUACACGGAGGGAAGAGUGCACAGGCGGACGUUGAAGUUGGAAUGAUACUCGUCGCACACUCAUGGUAUGAUUACAAACUUCGAUGGGAGCCGAAAGAGUAUGGAGGAGUGCAUAUGUUACAUGUACCAUCUGAUCAUAUUUGGCGACCGGAUAUCGUUCUCUAUAAUAAUGCUGAUGGUAACUUCGAAGUGACUCUUGCAACAAAAGCCACAAUUUACUCUGAAGGAUUAGUCGAAUGGAAGCCGCCAGCUAUAUACAAGUCAUCCUGUGAGAUAGAUGUAGAAUAUUUCCCGUUUGAUGAACAGACAUGUGUUCUAAAGUUUGGCAGUUGGACUUAUGAUGGGUUUAAGGUUGACUUGAGGCAUAUGGAUGAGCAACUGGGAAGCAACGUUGUGGAUGUUGGUGUGGAUUUAUCCGAGUUUUAUAUGUCUGUUGAAUGGGAUAUUCUCGAGGUGCCAGCUGUAAGAAAUGAAAAGUUUUACACUUGCUGCGAUGAACCUUACCUGGACAUCACAUUCAAUAUAACAAUGAGAAGAAAAACUCUUUUUUACACUGUUAACAUAAUUAUACCGUGCAUGGGAAUUUCUUUUUUGACUGUACUAACUUUCUACUUGCCAUCCGACAGCGGAGAAAAGGUUACAUUAUCAAUUUCCAUUUUGAUCAGCCUUCAUGUGUUCUUCCUUUUGGUUGUUGAAAUUAUACCUCCGACAUCGCUGGUUGUACCUCUGCUGGGAAAAUACCUAAUAUUUGCCAUGAUACUCGUUUCAAUAAGUAUCUGCGUAACCGUCGUUGUGCUAAACGUUCAUUUCCGUUCUCCGCAAACUCAUAGAAUGGCUCCUUGGGUAAAAAGAGUUUUUAUUGAUUUCCUGCCCAAAUUUCUAUUUAUAAAGAGACCAACAUAUAAUUUUGAAACAAGUAAACUGCUCCUAAAGGAAACACAUGCGUGUUUUUACCCAUACUACUCGUCGUCCAAUAUAGAUCGCCUUGUUUCUUCACGAUACUGCCACACACAAUCUAAGGAAGAAAUGUCUCAGAGCUUAACUGCAAAUGGCCCAUUUGGUGGAAGUUGUCAAGUUCACGGCCCGCUACCAACACUUACUAAUUGUAGCUCUGACGAUUUGGCAGCUGUUCCCGACUUGGAUAUUGGUUCUUCCGGGAUGAAAAGUCCAAUAUUAGACAACCCUGCAUUUUCACACUCCAAAUGUCCACCUAGAAUCCACAAGAGCUGUUUCUGUGUUCGUUUUAUAGCGGAGCAUACCAAAAUGCAAGAGGACUCAACAAAAGUAAAGGAAGAUUGGAAGUACGUCGCAAUGGUAUUGGAUAGACUUUUUCUGUGGAUAUUUACGUUAGCAGUUCUGGUCGGAACAGCUGGGAUCAUAUUGCAAGCACCCACAUUGUACGAUGACCGGAUUCCUAUCAUUGAACAAAAAGACUUGGACUUUUCUGGAACAUCAGCUGGACGCUGUAGACCUCCACAAUAACAUUUAAAAAAAAACCAACGAAUGUUUACAAACUGAAAAUGAUUCAGAUUAUUGAAUCUGUUGAUAGUUUUCAAUAUUUUCAUAAGUUUUGCGUAUUUUUGUGAAAGCAGAAUAUAUAUUGUCAAGAAUAUGUAUACAUUGGCAUUAAUUAAUACUCUUAUUUAUUUUAGAUGAUUUUUAUUCCAAUUACGACCGAUAAAACUAUGCUUUUGCCAAUUCAAUACUGCAAUGUCUAUCUUCCUGUAUGUCAGAGUCCACGAAUCACUUAUAAUUCGGAAUUGAAGACUACCGAUUUUAAUUUUUAUUGGCUU